UGCUGACUCAGUAAGCUCGACCUUGACAUACGGCUUAGUAAUCACGAGCUGUUGACUGAAGGAUAUUUCAAUUUCUCGCGCAAUAUAGCUUAGAAAGCAGUUUCGUAAAUCUCUCACUUUGACAGACAAGCUAGGCGGAGAUCAAGGUAGGUACGAGCCCUGUGAGCUGAACUUAACUGGAGGCAAUGGAGGUGCUGGGGUUGGUGGAUAUUCCGACAUGGCUUCAAUGGGUGAUGUUGUUGGUCGGGCUGGUGGUGACCUACGUCAUAUACAUGUCUUGGGAUCAUAACACAUUUAAGAAGAUGGGAAUUGACGGUCCUAAGCCUAAUCCAGUAUUUGGAAACAUGAGGAUGUUCAUCAAGGAUGGGAUUAUUAAAACAGAGCUAGAUAUGUACCGCAAAUAUGGCAAAGUGUUUGGAAUGUAUGAGUCGUAUAUCCCGGUCCUGUACAUCGCUGAUCCCGCUCUUCUUAAGGAUAUUAUGGUGAAAGACUUCAAAAACUUUGUCAACAGGAGGGACACAUUUAAGAAAUUUUCCGAUUCCAAAAUGAAUUCCAUGCUCACGCAACUACAGGAUGACCAUUGGCGUUUUGUUCGAAAUACCAUCAGCCCAACGUUUAGUGGCAAGAAGUUGCGACAGAUGACACCUUUAAUUAACAACUCUGCUGACAAGUUCAUGGAACACAUCGAUCAAAAGAUCAAAGAAGAUGAAGACAUCGAUAUGAAAGGGUUCAUAGGAGGCUUCACUAUGGAUGUGAUUGCUAGCACUGCAUUUGGUCUGGACGUUAACAGUCAAAAUAACCCGGAUAAUCCUUUUACGAAACAUGCCAGAUGUUUCUCAGAUUCAACUUCUAUGGCAGUGAUGGUGGUCAUUGUUUUCUUUCUACCGUUUCUUGCGUGGAUUUUGAGACUAUCUGCGUUUCUUGGAUUCAACCUCACAAAAGUGAGAACUGCAAUGAACUUUUUCGCCCGUGUGACUGACAAAGCUUUAACGGAAAGACGGCAGUCCCCAGGAGAGCAUUUUGAUUUUCUCGGAAUAAUGGUUAAAGCUGAAAAAGGUGAUGAGACAACAGAGGAGGAGAAAGAAGAUGGAGUACUCAAAGGAAAUGAUGCCAGUGAAACAUCGUCAACAUGGACGCGCAAGACACUGACUGUGGAGGAGAUAACAGCCCAGGCUACACUGUUUUUCGUUGCCGGAUAUGACACGACCUCCAACACUCUUUGCUUCCUCAUGUACCAUUUAGUCCUCUACCCUGAAAUCUGUGACAACCUCCUACAGGAAAUUGAUGAUAAGUUAAAUGGGCAAGCACCGAACUAUGAUAAUGUCGCUAAACUCUCUUAUGUGGAAAUGUGUAUUCAUGAGACGAUGAGGCUGUUCCCUGCCGCGGCUAGACUUGAUCGUGUGGCUAGCAAUGACGUCACCAUCGGAAAUAUCAGGAUCCCGAAAGGAAUGAUUAUAAACAUACCGGUGGGUGCCAUACAGAUGGAUCCCGAGUACUGGCCUGAACCAGAGAAAUUUGACCCGGAAAGAUUUACACCAGAGGCCAAAGCUAACAGAGACCCGCUUGUCUUCAUGCCGUUUGGCGCUGGACCCCGCAACUGUGUCGGGAUGAGGCUUGCUCUCCUGGAACUGAAGAUAGCUAUCGUCAGAAUCCUGCAGAAGUAUCGACCUGUAAAAAGCCCAAAGACAGAGAUUCCGAUCAAGGUUUCAAAGAUGGGGAACAUUCCAUUGGGUUUGUACCUAAAAUUUGAGAAGAGGACCUAAGACAAUGUGUAUUUGAGAAGAGGAGUUAAACAGUGUACAUCGUAUCAGGAUUAGGCUGCUAUAAAUUCUCCGUAGUAACUAGUCAAGUCAGAAAUCUUUACUAGUGAUAAAAUGUACAUUUAUAUGCUAUAUACACAUCUGCGUAUUUUUAAAAUAUAUACCUUGAAUAAACAUUAGCUAGCUUGGAACACCAAUCAUCAAUUUACAUUUGCGUAGCUGAUUUGGACGUUUGAUUAACUCUUUAUUUCUUUUGAUAGGAUUAUAUAUAUUGUAUUUACUCGUUAUCGGUAAUUAUACCAUUGAUCGUGAGUAAUAACGUUAGUGUCAGAUGUAAUUUUAAUAAUUACACAUACUGCUGAUAUUUGAGAUUUAAAAAUGUAGUAAAACAAUUCAAGUGAAUGUUAAUAUUACGAACCUAGGUGUGUUCAGUAAAAAUACAUUUAUAUUAAUGGUAAGUAUGCGGGAUAGCAAAUUAGCUCAAGGUUUCUGUUGUAUCAUGUGAUGUAAGGUCAUAUGCUAAGGAAUAAGGCAUGUCCAUUGUUGAUGAUUGUAAAUUAAUCCUUGAAAAUGUUAGAAAGAAGAUAGAACAUUUCCACCACACGAUAUUGUUUUCUACUACCUUGAUAUUACAGACUGAUUAAUACAGUAUAUUACAGAAUAAAGUAUCACACAUGUAUCUUAGUAUACAGGAAACAGCAUGGUUUGACACCUAGAUGCACGCAAUCUCCUCCUACAUUUUUCGACCGAUCUCUUUGAAACUUGAAACACAUUAUAAUCAUGAUAUGAAGUUGUGUCUCCGUUAAAAGAAUUUUGAUUCGAAUUUUUUUCCAAAAGUUAUUGCCCUUUGUUCAUUUCAGUAUUUGAUUUUUGUUCGGAGAUUUCCUCCUACAUUUUUUGACAGAUUUCUUUGCAAUUUCGGACGCUAAAUAAUCAUGAUAUGUUGUUGUGUUUCCUUGAAAAGAAUUUUGAUUCGAUAAUUUUUGCAAAAGUUAUUGUCCUUUGUUUUUUUCAGUAUUUGUUUUCCUGUCCGGAGAUUUUCUCCUACAUUUUUAUAGCAUGUCAGCUAACUACUUUUAGAAUGAUGCAGAUCUUAUUUCAAUGUAAGAAAUUUUAUAACACUUUAUGGCAUUCGACGAGCGUAUAUUGUUCUGCCCCGCGGUACUCUUGUGUAUGAUAUAUUAAAAGGGGUUAUUAUAUACAUGUAUGUAAACACAUAUUCAUCAUUUUUGCUUAUAUAUGCUUAACAUGUUAGAUGUAUAUCUUGUUUUUAUAAAUCCUUGUGAAUAAGGGUAAGAGGUUAGAUAAGCUGUUACCUUUAUAGUAUCAAAGUAUUGUUGUUUUCUUAGUUUUUUACGUGACGAAAUUGAAAAAACUCGGUGUUGGACCGCAGGCUGGGUCAAUGGCAUCAACGUUAUUGGACUUUAAUGGAUAGAGUGGUGAAUAUGUUAUCAUAUUUAUGCAAAUAACUAAACACAACUUUAUUGAUAUGACCCUAAUCGCUUAAACAUUUUUAUUGUUUAUGCCUUGCCUGAGUUUGGUGAAGUUAAUUCGUUCCAUUUUAUUAUUUAGGCUUAUGUCUUUAUUGUUACAUCAGUGAUAUAUAGGACUCUGUUUGCUUUCAACUUAUUAUAACCUGAUGACAAAGCAAUAGUUCACCAUGAUUCUGCAUACUAGUUGAUGCUUAUGCAGAACACAUACCUUGUUUUUUUUGUUCUGUUUUAUAAUUUCGUUAUUGUCGUAAUUUAAUUCAACUUCAAUAAAUACUGCUAAUGAACAGCUUUUACAUCCAACUAAAA